CUCCCCUUCUCUCACCAGAGCCCAGGAAUCACUGCCAGGGAGAGGAGGUGAGCUGGAGAGCCCCCUGGCUCUGGUAUCCCUGAGGAAUACUGGGAAACUGGACCCUGGUGAGGCUUGGGGAAUGGGACGUUGGAGUCGGUCCCUGAGGGGCGACAGCUGGAGGCCCCCUAGUGAUGUGGGGCUAUCUGGCCCUCCUCCCGAUCUGCCUGGCGGUGGGGGCUAUAGCUGGGGUCUGGACAGUCUUUGCUUUGGCUGUAUCCAACAAGUCUGUGAAUCUCACAGAUGGCUUUCCUUAUAUCAGUUACUGUGGGUCUUUCCCUCCUCAGAGCUGUAUAUUUGGCCAGCUUCUGAAUGUUGGGGCUGCCAUGGUGGCCUGGAUCUGCGUCCUCCGAUACCUGCAGCUCCGGGAAUGGGGGGUCCCUAAGUUGCCCAAUCAGCUGUGUCUGGGGACAGGCUUCCUCUGUGCCUUGGGGGCCUCCAUCGUGGGCAACUUCCAGCAAACAAAUGAGGUCUCCACACAUCGGUUUGGGUCCUUCCUGGCCUUUGUGGCAGGGGUAGCCUACUUCUGGACCCAGCUGAUCCUGUUGCAUCUGACCAAGCCUCAGGCCCAGCCAGGGGCCCCCUGGAUCGAGCCUCUCCGUCUGCUGCUUUGUGGGGCCUGCACAGUUCUCAUGGUGACCAUGAUGGUGCUACAGCUGUGGUCCCUGCGUUCGGCAGCAGCCGCGUGCGAGUGGUCCAUCACCAUGCUCCUCUUCGCCCUCUUCGGCCUCCUGGCUGUGGACUUUUCCCACCUGAGCGGCUUUGUCAUAGGCCUGCAGAGCAGGCCCGCCUCUGGCCCCCAGGAUGCCGCUCACCUGUCCUCUCUCUAGCUCUCCUCUGCACAGUCCCUUGUGAUGCCUCACUGGGUUCCAACCCCAGGGGACUGUUGAUGCAAGCUCCCCCUGGACUCCAAGCCUGCCGUGGUCUGGGCCCUCCUACCACUGACCUCUGACCCAAGCCUGGGCCAGAGACAACCAGUAGCGGCCAAACAUUGGUUCCUUAUCCUCUCCUGGCCAGGGGCCUGUGACCUCUGAGCCUGGCCACGGCCAGACCCGAAGGGAGCCUCAGCUGUCUGCUCUGGCCACCAGAGGCUCAGCGCUUGCCCCUCAACCCCCCUCCCAAACUCUCUGGCUCCCCUGGCUCAGGUGGAGGGGGAAGCGUUGGGGUGUCUAUCAGGAGGCCCCGGGGAAGGAGCCCUGGCAUCCUCAGGGGCCUUCCUAGCCACGCUGCAGGCCCUGGGAGACAACAGUGGUUCGAGUCUGAGGAGCGUGUCAAGAGACAGGAGACAGGAGGCGCGAAAAUUGAACUUUUCAUUUUGCGAGAGCAAAUCCGUACAGAGCGCAGGGGGGAGACAGAGGAGGAGAGACAAGGAGAGAGGGGGGCUGGGGAAACAGGGACGAGGGCCCCCCAGCCCCUGCCCCAUUGGCUAAUCCACCCACAUCCCCUCCCUUCCCCCUCCCCAUAGAUAAAUAAAUAAAUUAAUCAUAAAUAAAAUAGA